CGACCGAGUGCGGAUGUUUCUCUCAUUCAUACGCGAGGAAGGGAACCAAAUCUCCAGGUUAAUCAUAUACGUCAUACAUGUUUAGAUUUGAUACUUUUAAAAGACCGGAGGAAUAGUUUUGUUGGCUGAGCAAUGACUCUAAGUUAUGUAGUUUGUUAGACUUCGUAAGUUUCAGAUGCCUGGGAGAGGUUCUAUCAUUAAGUCUUAACGCUGAUCGUUAAAGAUGAAGAGGAUUACGAUGUCGUGAUGCUCUACGUCUGACGAUGAACAUAAGAACUGCAUCCAGGCGCACUACUUGAAGAACGCAUUGAACAAACUCUAUACAAAACCGGAUAAUCACUGUAAGAGCCACAGAGACGUUGCUGACGGUGAUGCUGCUGCAACUGCUGCUGGUGUUGCAAUCUGUGUUCGGCAUGACUAACAGCGUGGAGCUACGGUGGUGGCGAUAUCAGCGAAUACAGAAGAAAAACAGAACCUAUGACGACUGUAACGUGGAGGCGAAGGCGUUCCGUCACGGGCAGGUGUUUGUGCUGGACAGGACGGGGCCAUGUGUGAAGUACAGAUGCCAGUACGGCGGCUACAAAGUCAUUAACCACGGUUCACAGUGUCGAGAGGGACGGCGGUGCUGGGAUCUGCACUCGUACAGAACCAGCGUGUGUACCCUGGAACAGUGUCUGGAGAUUGACGGCCGGGUCAGAUUCGUCAUCGUUGGUGAAGGUUGUCAGUUUGAGAAGAAGUGCUACAAGGUCGGCACCACCUGGGUACACAACUGCUACCUGUACAUCUGCAGAAAGGAGGACAUACACAUGGGCGUUGUCUUCAAGUCAGUGCUGCUUGGGGGGCGUUGCCGCGACGUUUAUGGCAACUGCCACGACGCAGGGACGUUUUUUCACUACAGGAUGGGUCGAACCCUCUACCGCUUCUGUUCCUGCAAAGUCAGGGGAGGUAAUAUCCAGUACGACUGUUUACCUUGACCCGCUAUGUUGUACUGUUCUAUACACUGUUGUUGUUAUUAAAUAUUUAUUCGUUA